AUGAGGAGUGCAGAAGAGGGAAUGAAAGAGGAAGUGAAAGAGGCCGAACAGCGGAUGGUUGAGAAGAUGGAUGAGAAGUUGGGAUUGAUGAUGAAUGCUGUGCAAGAGAUGAUGAAGGGUCUUAUUGGAGGGGGAGCUGUCGGAGGUAAGUCUCCUGGUUCUUGUGAUGGGCCAGGAGCGAUUAAGAAAGUAAAAGAACAAGUGGAUGAGAGUGUGAGUGAGAAAAGUGAUAUGAUUGUGGUAAAUGAGGAGAAGAAAAAGAAGGUACAGAUUAGGUAUAGAUCAGAGCAGAAGGUUAAGAAGGGAAUUGAGAGUAAAGAAAGGGCAAAAGGGAAGAAGAUUAGUAAGGAUGGUGGCAGGGAAGCUCCGACUUUGGAGGACAUCAUCCCCAGUGAGGAGGCUUCAGAAGUUACCUCCCCUAGGGAGGAUUACGUCCCCACCACCCAAAGCGAGGCCUGGAAGGAGGAGCUCAGCACGACCUCACAAUUUGCUGCUGAGAGCAGCCUUCAGCAUACAGAACAAAAGUUCCAAGAGGAAAGAGAAGCCUUCAUCAAGGAGAGGCAAUACCUCGAUGGAGAGAAGGAAAAAUUGAAUAAUAAGUACAAGGAGCUGGAACACAUUGCUUGUGGUCUUGACAAGCACAGAGAAGCAUUGAUGUCGGAGAAGCACCAAUACCGAGAGAAAAACGUGAUUUUGGUGGAACAACAGCGAGCGCUGCAUAAAAAUCAGCAAGAGCUGUAUGCUAGAGAGAUGGAACUGAAAGAAAACCAGCAAAAGCUGGAUGAUCAGCAGAAGGCAUUGGAUGAAUAUCAUAAAGAACGGGAACGACGGAAAGGAAACCUCAUGCAAUGGGAAUUAGAUCUCAUUAAAAGAAGGGGAGAACUGAAACAUGAUCAAGAAAAGUUGCAGGAAUGGGAACAAAGGGUGAAUAUAAAAGAGAGACUACUGGAAGAAAAAAUGCAGAAUUGA